AUGGCUCCCACGGCGCCGUUCGAGCCGCAGCAGCGGAAAUCGCAGCAGGAGGAGGAGCCGCCCGCUGAAAUCCUGCCAGGUGUCGAGCCCGAGGGGUGGAAACGCACCGGCGAGCAAUUGGCUAAAAUCCCAUGGUUCGGAAUUCCAGAGUGGGUUCGGGAGACGUAUGAAGGGAUGCAUCACGGUGAGAUGCAGUUACCGGGAUUUGAAGGCCCUGUGACGCUAGACACGUACAAGAAGCGGUUCGAGCUGCUGUUGCAUGUGGAGGAACUUCAAAUGGAGGCGGACAUUCGUUACUAUGACAUUCGGGGAGUCCCUGUGCUGCCGUGCGGGAGUCGCAAUGUGAGCGAGUUUUACCAGCUGACGGUGCCAGGGCUGGCGGAGAAACGCCCGUCUGUGCUGCUUGGUGAUCGGGUGUAUCUGACGUUUGCGAACGAGGCGGGAGCACGGAGGCGGAUUGAGUAUCAGGGCUUCGUGCACAGGGUGGAGAGGGAGAGCGCCAUCCUCCGCUUCCACCCUGACUUCCACCGCCGAUUCAUCCCCGGCCAGCUCUUCAACGUGCGCUUCGAGGUGCCCCGCGGCCCAGUCAGAGCGUGCCACCUGGCACUGGGUCUCGCAAACCGACACCUGGGGCAGCACGUGCUCAUGCCAUCAGAAAUCCCUCAGAGGCUCUUCAGUAUUGUCCCCGCCAUCCGCCCCUUUGAUCGCCGGCUGAAUGUGGAGCAGAGGGAGGCAGUGGCACAACCGCUGCUGUUGAACGUGGAGCAACGAGAAGCAGUGGCACAGCUGCUGGUGCGCUCUCGCCUGCAGCUGGGCGCACGGCCCGAGCCCUACCUCCCACCCUACAUCGUCUUCGGGCCGCCUGGCACCGGCAAGACCAAGACGGUUGUCGAAGCUAUCCUACAGCCGAGCGCCCGACCCAAGCCGCACCUCCUCCCUUACAUCGUCCCGACCCAAGCCGCCGCACCUCCUCCCUUACAUCGUCCGUACAUCGUGUUUGGGCUGCCUGGCACUGGCAUGACCAAGUCCGUUUUUGAUAAUGUUCAACACCCAAUGAACCCCGUGGUGAAAGGGAUGCCCUUGGUGCGUGUGCUCGUGUGUGCGCCAUCCAACAGCGCCACUGACAACAUCGCUCUCCGCCUCAGAGGCAACCUGCAGAGCGGCGCUCGUGUGUGCUCCUUCCAACAGCGCAAGCAGGUGGAUAUGGCAGCAUCAGCAGGUGGGUAUGGCAGCAUCAGCAGGUGGAUAUGGCAGCAUCAGCAGGUGGAUAUGGCAGCAUCAGCAGGUGGAUAUGGCAGCAUCAGCAGGUGGAUAUGGCAGCAUCAGCAGGUGGAUAUGGCAGCAUCAACAGGUGGAUAUGGCAGCAUCAGCAGGUGGAUAUGGCAGCAUCAGCAGGUGGAUAUGGCAGCAUCAGCAGGUGGGUAUGACAGCAUCAGCAGCCGCGGUCGGGACGAGGUGGACACGGACCUGCUGCCAUUCACUCGCUACGACGACUCCACGGGAACCUUCCGCCUGCCGUCCCUCUCAGAGAUCCACACCGCUCGGGUCGUUGCCGUCACCUGCUGCUCCGCUGCUCUGCUCUACCGCAUGGGCGUUCCCCGCGGCACCUUCACGCACAUCUUCAUAGACGAGGCAGGCCAUGCCAUCGAGCCGGAAGGCAUCAUCCCCAUCGCAUGCCAUGCCGCGCCACAUGCCGUCAUCCUAUUGGCCGGAGACCACAAGCAGCUGGGCCCGGAAGAUGGGAGUUACAUCGGUUACAACACGAGUGCCAUCACGAAACUAGUCAAGAACUACCGGUCUCACCCGAAAAUUUUGGAGCUGCCCAACGAAAUGUUUUACGAGGGGGAGCUGGAGGCGUGUGCGGACGAGAUGGUCCGAUCUUCUCUCUGCCGGUGGGACGAGCUGCCCAACAAAAACGAAUUCCCGAUAAUUUUCCACGGGGUGAUGGGGAAGGAUGAGCGGGAGGGCAACAGCCCGUCGUUUUUCAACCCGUUUGAAGCGACAGUAGUUCUGAAAUACAUUACCUCUUUAAUGGGCUACAGGAGCCAGCGGGUUCCCUUGACUGACAUUGGGGUGGUUACCCCGUAUCGCAAGCAGAUGCAGAAGCUGCAGCACCUGCUGCGAGGGAAGGGGAUGGACGCUGUGAAGGUGGGGAGUGUGGAGGAGUUUCAGGGGCAGGAGAGGCGGGUUGUGAUUGUAUCGACCGUGAGAUCGAGCCAGCAGUAUGUGGAGUUCGAUUAUAAGCACAAUCUGGGGUUCCUGGCGAAUCCAAAGCGGUUCAAUGUGGCUGUAACGAGGGCCAAGCAGCUGCUUAUUAUUGUGGGCAACCCCAACCUCCUGGCUCAGGAUCGCUGCUGGGGUGCGCUGCUGCAGUACUGCCUCAGAAACAAGGCCUACACGGGCUGCCCUCUCCCCGCCUCCAUCCCUCCCCCUGACCUCCCGUCUGGGUCGCAACCUGGGGGAUCCGAGGAUGACGAUGCUGACAGCGCGCGUGCUGGCGCUGAGUCAGCGCGGGCGCUGGGCGGGUUUUCAGCCGCGACUGCUCAUGAGGACCUGGAGUGGCGGGUGGAGGCAUGA